AUAAAAUGGAAACACAAUAAGAUUAACAAUUAAAAAAGAAUCAAUUGAAAUUCCCAGUUUCAAAAGUGAAAAAAAUAGUAUAGGAAAAUUAAGAUGUUGGUAAAAUCAAUAAUGUAGUUCCUUAUGUAUUAAGUAUUAUUUGAAUAUUAUCCAAAAAGCAAAAUCACUUGAAUUGUUUUUAUCAGAUAUUCUUACAAAAUGCAAGGAAACUUUAAAGGAUAAAAAAUUAAACAAAGCAACACCUGGAUUAUUGUAAAAAAUAGUUAUUAAAUAAAAGGAAGAUAGUAUUAUAGGAGUCUUAAUACGAUUUUAUGAAGGAUUAUGCUUAAAAAUUACCAGAUUUGGAAGAAAGUAAAAAGAAAAAGAAGGGUUUGCAAUAGGAUGAUUAGAGUGAUGAAGUUGGAAAGAAACGUAAAGGGAAUGACGAGUUUGAGAAAGCAGAAAAGAAAACAGGUGGAAGAAAAUCAAAGAGAGUUCGUAGACAAUAAUCUGAUGAUGAUUAUGAUGAAGAUGAUUGAAUUU